AUGGAACAGACUUUGAAUUUUCUAUUGAAAAAUCACACUUAUUUUUCUCGAAAUUAUGAUGAUGAAAGUCUUCUUGAGGAACAAACUGCUAUUACAGCCGGAUACCCUUUUACUGGUAGUGAACUUCAUUAUACAAUUCCAUUUUGGAUCGGUUCUAUUGUAAUUAGUCUUCUUUUUCUAUCUGCUAUUAUUGCAUCAAUACGCUAUUGUUUUUAUACAUUAUAUUUAUCACACACCGAAACAGAAAAAAUAACAUUAGUACCGCCAAAAUCACCUUGUCUAACAAGUGCUGCUAAUACAAUUCAACGUCAACGACAUCCAUUACCUAUUAACUUUUCUCAUCAUCCAUCAGUUGUUGAUCACGAAAAAUCAUUCACAUUUUCAGAACAAUCAAAAGAUCAUCAUUCAAAUAUAUCGAUUAUACCUGUUGUUCGUCAACAUUCACGACCACGUUUUACACCAUCACAUAAAUUAACACAACAUCAUCACACGGAUAUUGAUACGAAGGAUAUUGAUAAACAUAAUUUUUCUUCGAUUCAACAAUCGCAUUCUCGUGGUUCAGUUGAUUUUCGAAAAAAAGUUCAUGGUAUUUAUAUUCUACCCGUUUCACCGACUCUUUCGUCGUCAUCAUCUACAACAAACACAGAUGAAAUAAUUAAAAAUGGCUCAAGUACGAUGCCAAUUCGAUCUCUAAGACAUAUUUCAUCAACGGUAAAUGUUCACGAUGAUUUAACAUGUCGUGGUAUUAAAAAUAUUAGUUUUGCUGAUUCACCACAACCAAAAGAUCGUACAUUACCUCGGUCACAUGGUAGCACACUAAGACGUGUUCAACCACCAUCACAACCACCACCAUUGCCACCUGCAGUAUCACAAUUACAUUUCAAUGAUAUUCGUUCGUCAAUGAAUUUUAAUAAUAAUGAAAAAUCAUCAUUUCAACAUCAAUCAGCUACAAUUGAUCUUGAUCAUGAUGCUAUUGCACUUCGUUUUAGUAGUCAAAAAAUAUAUGGUAAACUUGAAGAAAAUCCAUUGAAAAAAUCUGCACCACCACCUGUACCUUGUCGAACACAGAAGCCAACAGUAUUACCAAUUGGUUUUGAAAGUUUAACAAAAGCACAACCAGAUCCUAUUGGUUUUCGAAUAGCAAUAGAAUCAUCUCCGCAAGAUGAUUAUUCAGAGCAUACAUGGCCAAAGCCACCUGAUUCAAUGACAACAUCAGAAAUUAGUGGGCCACCACAGCCAAUUCUACCAUCGAUACCCUAUGAUCGUCUACAUCAUGAUCAUUUAAUACCGACGGUACUUAUGCGUCAGAAUAGUACAAAUCAUUUUUUUCAUCAUCAUAAAUUUGGUGAAAAUUCUAUGUUGACAGAAUCAGAAACAUGA